AUGCAAAUAAAUGGUCAUCAGCAGCAGCAGCAGCAGCAGCGUCGUAUCGUCCCACGGGUCAAGGGACGUAACAUCGGCGCCGCGCCCGUCUACUUGGCCGCGGUGCUCGAGUACCUCACGGCCGAGGUCCUGGAACUCGCCGGCAACGCGGCGCGGGACAACAAGAAGUCGCGCGCCACCCCGCGCCAUCUACAGCUGGCCGUGCGCAACGACGAGGAACUGAGCAAGCUGCUGUCCGGCGUGACCAUCGCCGAGGGAGGCGUCCUGCCACACAUUCGGCCGGAAGUGCUCCCCAAGGCGUCGAGCGGGAAGUCGAAGUUGGACGAGCCGGCAGCAGCCAGCCAGGACUAUUAA